AAUAAGAACCGAAUGCAAAAAGCAUCGAGUAUUUCCUGCCGCUGCGCAUGUCGUAAUAUUAACAACAAAUUAUUAUUAAUUAAAAGAGUAGUAAAAUGGCCCAAAGUAGACUGGAAAAAAUCGGCACCAUCUUCACCAGAGUACAAGGCCUGUUGCGCGGUGGCGCUAUGAAGGCAGAGGAUAAACCCAUUUGGUACGACGUCUAUGCGGCUUUUCCCCCCAAACUAGAGCCCCGCUUCGACAGGCCCGCUUCCAAUGAGCCAGUGCGCAACAUUUUCUAUGCCGAGGAUGUGGUCCGAGCAAAGUUGCACAAGCAGAACAAGUCGCAUGAGACGAUUUCGCUGUUUGAUCACAAACGCCGUACACAAAGUCAAGAGUUUGUGCAGAUCUACGAUCAGCUGAAGUCGCAGGGCGCCUUGGAUGAGCAGCGCAUUUACGAAACGGCGCUCGAUUUGCUCGCCGAGCAGCGGCAAAAGUCGCAGCCCGAAGCAGUCGAGGAGCAACUGCAGCUGGAGGACCCCAACAGGAGUACGCUGCUCAGCGAUUUCCAGGAGGCAGAUCACCAAAAGCGGCAACAACAACAAGAACAGCAGCAAAAGUCACAGCAGUCGAAGUCAAGCAAAGUGAAACAGCAGGGCGUCAACAUAAGCAGCUUGUUUAAAGAUUAAGGUGUUAUUUGUUUUAUAUUAUAAACUAAAUAUACAAAUAAUGUUUUUAUUGUGCUCUAAA